GUUCCAGCGUUGUGCUAUCAUACAAACCCCCAUUCGCGUACGAAACCAACCCCCAGACACUGUCUCCUGUCAAUCGGUUCACCACGCGGACCAGACCCUACUCCAUAGAUCCUCUUUACCCUUUUCUCGAUUUUUUUUAUCGCCUUUUGCCGAUCUGUUUGUUUCGUAGGUUUAACUGGGUGAAUCGAUAAUUUAGGAAAAAGUGGUUAAUACGUUUGGAGUUGUGAAAUAUUGGGGAAGAGCUUCGGUGGUUUUUUGUGAAGUUCGGGGGUUUGGGGGUUGUGGAGGCUCACGAGCUCCGACAUUCAGAUCGAGAGAUCGGUAAUUAAAGACCCCCGGAGAAAAACCACCAGUCAAGAUGGCGUUUGCGGGAUUGAAAAAACAGAUAAACAAAGCGAACCAGUACAUGACAGAGAAGAUGGGUGGUGCAGAAGGUACAAAGCUCGAUGUGGACUUCGUGGACAUGGAGAGAAAAACUGACGUAACCGUCGAACUUGUCGAAGAGCUGCAGAUGAAGACCAAGGAAUUCCUCCAGCCAAAUCCAACGGCAAGAGCCAAAAUGGCUGCCGUGAAGGGGAUUAGCAAACUAAGUGGUCAGGCAAAGGCCUCUACUUAUCCACAGCCCGAAGGAGUUCUCGGUGAUUGCAUGCUUCUAUAUGGGAAGAAAAUGGGAGAGGACAGUAUAUUCGCCCAAGCUUUGAUAGAAAUGGGCGAAGCGAUGAAGCAGAUGGCAGAUGUGAAGUAUUCCCUGGACGACAACAUAAAACAAAACUUUUUGGAACCACUGCACCAUCUGCAGACCAAGGAUCUCAAAGAAGUGAUGCAUCAUCGAAAGAAACUUCAAGGGCGCCGCUUGGACUUUGACUGCAAGCGGAGACGUCAGGCAAAAGCCCUGGUCAAAAGAUCAGCGAGCCCACACAUGGGUAGCCCAGCGAGGUCAUCGCCAGGUUACGGGGACGAUGAAAUACGACAGGCUGAGGAGAAAUUUGCUGAAAGUCUUCAUCUUGCACAGAUGGGAAUGUUUAAUUUAUUGGAGAACGAUGUCGAACAAGUGGCUCAGCUGGCGACCUUCAGCGAGGCUCUCCUUGAGUAUCAUCAACAGUGCACUGAGGUACUGAAGGUGUUGACUGAGACCCUUUUAGAAAAGAAAGAUGAAGCAGCAAACCGACCAAAGCUGGAGUUCACCCCGAAAACACUGGCCGAUCUGAAUGUCGAGGGAAUGCCACUCGAUCAUAUGAACGGUGGGAACUUCUUUACGCACGGGUCAAGUCGUUCUGGUUCUCCGGUCCCGAGUGAGAACAAGCGCACACAGCUAGAGCUGUUUCCGGCUGGUAAUCCGCCGACAUCUACCAAUGCAUCACCAUUACCAUCGCCGAGCAAAUCACCAGCGAGAACACCGAUGCCUAAACAGCCCUGUUGCACAGCUCUUUAUGAUUUCGAGCCUGAAAAUCCUGGAGAACUUGGAUUCAAGGAGAACGAAACAAUCACCCUGAUCCAGAAAAUCGACGACAACUGGUACGAGGGAAGUGUUAACGGACGAACUGGCUACUUCCCUGUCAGUUACGUCCAGGUGAUACAACCGUUGCCAUAAACUCAUCAUUAAUAAACGCGCAAUGCCAAAGAUCCUGCAUUCGUUUAACUCACAUAUAAAUCAUCAGUUUGAAGAAAUAUCGAGGAGAUAAAUGAUUGAUUAAUCUAAUGAGAAUGAUGAUAGGAAGGAUCAAUGCUCUCCUGUAGCCUAAAUAUUCUACCAAUCACAAUUUCAAGUUUUAUGGUUUGAAAAUGAAAAAGCUUAAAUGAAUUUGACCCUCGUUUGAGUCUCGAGCAUUCAAGAAAAUGAGAAAAAAAAUUAUAUGAAACAAUUAUAUCUGGAGAUUAUAUACCCUCCCAAUCGCGUUACUACCCUCCCAAUAAUCUUCUCCCAAGUCCAACAAUAUACGCAUGUUAAUGUACAUAUUAUAUAUAUGAAAAUGUUAUAGUGUCUUUUACUGGAGAAAAGAAUACCCUUUAAAGGUACAGCAAGAUCGUUAUUAUCGUGAAGGGAACAGAAAAUUUGUUAUUGAGAUUUUUUGAUGAAUUUUUCCAAAGGGUUUUACACUUGAAGAUUGUUUCGUUCAAUUAUCAUUUUUAUUGAAAAUUAUGGGAUUUGAAGUUUUUGUUGAGUUGAGGGUAUGCAAGUGGGACAUCCUCUGGGAGACACCUGGGGGAUUUGUUACUUGCAAAAAUGACAGAUCAUACUUGACUGAAAAUGUUUAAUUGGAUCAGCAUUGAUUAUCAAUCGGUGAAUGUUGACAGGACCUUAAUCUACGAUUUUUCGUUCGGUCACUCUCUCCUUGAGACCAUAAUGUCUCGGGGCUAAAUCUGUCCUUUUGGAAAACUUUCCACUAAGUUCGAGGGCUAUCUUGGUUCUUAGAAAAAGAAAACUGCAAAAAAUAGUGAGAAAAGCGUUUAUAGUAAUUAGUGAAUAAAUUAUUCUCUAAUGAAGGAAAUACGCCCAGUUCUAUUAGAAUUAGGUGAGAACUGCCUUCACAGAGUAUCUGCAGAUCUGCGCACAACUUUGCGCUGUAGCGCCAAAAGUAAUGAACUUAAUGUCGCCAUUUGGAAGAGCGAAUAUAUUUAGAAAACAGUUUAUUUAACUAAUAUCAAGGAGGGUUUUCCAAAGGGGAUUGUGAACGACAUUUGACUUAUUCAAUUCAUGAAAUUCUGCUCUGUUAGUCGUAACUGAAUCUUCAGUUAAGUGAAAUCUGUUUUUGGAGCAGUAAACAAUCUCCGAAAUGCAUGCCCACUUGGAACUUUCAACUUCUUUGUCAGAGGGUAAAAGGGUGAAAAUUUCAUUGGAUCAUCGUACUAAUUUAGCUUGUUAAUUGAUCUAUUCCAAUGAAAGAGAAAUGUAUUAACGCCUGAAAAAUCGUCUAAUUGGCUAGAGUGAGGAAAUAAUUACAUCUAUAAAUUUUAAUGAAUUUUAGUAACUCUUUAAAAUGAACAUAUGCCCUACAUUUGGUUUAUAAUUUUUUCAGCAAUUAUGACCUUCAUUUCUGCUUCCUCACUCCAUUUAUCUUCAAAAUUUAGUUUUACCGAUUAGAGUGUUUGUAUAUUUUGUGGCAAAAUUGCCGUACGUGGUUCGGAUUUAUUCAUUCCUUAGUGAUAAAGUGCAGGAAAAAUCUCCAGCCGUGGCAGAUGGCAGAUGAUUUCAUUUAGAAUAAUUGUCAUUUGUAAAAUAUAAUUAUAGUGAUUAGCCAUUUAGUUUUUUAGCCAACGCCAAGGAUCUCUUCCACAGUUUAAGGCCCCUGUCCAUUUUAUUCAGUAAUUAUUAUCACUUAAGUUUUAUUUUUUGUUAAUUUACUGGACCAUUGACAUUUUUGUAUACACUCAUCGUCGCAUGUUCUCAUUAAUUUCGUUUUAAUAUAUUAAUAGUCAUUGAGUCUUAGUUAAUCAGCCAUUUAGUGACGUUUCAAUUAAUGAAUUAGUUGUCUAGAGUGCGAGUACAUUCUUUACAUUAAAGACAGAAUAAAGAAAAUAAUUGAACAAUAAUUAUAAUUUGCAAAUUGAAACUUUAAAAAAUGUCUAUCUCCGCGUAUUUUGUGCUGUUUGAAAUAAUCCACCGAAAUAUAUUGAAAAAAUCAUUGGAAUAUAUUUUUAAAAUUGAAAUUACUCCCCUGGAAUACGCGGAGACAUAUUAAUCACCCGAACAAUCUUAAAAAUUCCCAAAAAUCAGCAGAUUAGUUCAAAGUUGAGAGUUCAGAAUUUAAACUAAAACGAUGAAUAAAAAAUAUGAAAGUAAAUUAAGGUACUUGGUUUCAUCAUUGUAUCUGUUGCCAGGUGGUUUAGAUAUACUCUUCGACCGAUAUAUUUCUUAAACGUAAAACGACAAACAAAGAAAAUUACAAAUGAAUGAAAACAAAUCUAUAAAGAGAAGUAAUUAACUGAGACAGAGGGAGAUAAGUAACAGAGAAAUGCGUAUAAACUUUAGAGCAUCUAUUAAAAGCAUAUAUCUAUUACAUAUACACGUAUACAUAAAAAAAUGAUGAUGUUUCAUUGUGGCGAUCAUGAUGGGUCAAUUUAGAAAAAAUAUAGAGUGGAAAAUUGAGUUGUGAAGUGGUAAAUUGUAAUGAGGGAUUAAUAUUUAUGCUAAAUAUUUUCUCCACAAAUAAAAGAGUCAAAGCAUGAGUCAACUCACGCUACAAUUUCUGCCUCUCGAUCUUUAAUUUUAUAUUGAUUGCAGAAACCUUUUCUGCAACUAAUGCGAGUAAUGACUGUUAAUAUUUUCUGGUAAAACGUUCAGUCAAGGGGCGGAAUUUUUCUUUCGAAAUCUAGUAAAUAUUAAGAGCUCAUGGGUUUUGUCAAAUUUAUUGUGAUAAAACCCGAGAGUUCUUUAUCUAUUUAUAAAUAAACACGAAAUUUUUUUAAUUUACCUACGGUGUCUCUCAAAAGAAAAAUAAAAUGUAUUCAUUCUGCUGUGUUACAUUUCACCACUUCACUUCUAAAAUUGAAAAAUAAUUGUAUCACAUUAAGAGGACAAGAAAUUCCUUGUCAAUUGCCAUCUGACCGAGGAGAAAAAUUCCCUAAAAUGAAAAGGAAUACAAGUCGUUGGGCCGAAAUUGUUGAUCGGAAUAAAUUUUUGAGUGAGGCAUUUUUCAGAGUUAAUCAAAUCAAUACAAACUAUCAGUUUAUUCAAUCUCGAAUUUGUUUUUUUCCUACUGAAGUGGAGAAUUAAUAUCUUAAUGAUAUAAAUUGAUUAAUAAUCUCGUUGUCAUCACUGUUUUGUCGUUACUGGCAGCAAUUCAAGCGGAAUAAGAUUACGUAAUUGACAGUCUUCGCGAUUUACAUUAGGUUCAUUUAGGGAUUUGAAUCGCCUUUGGGGUAUUGAUUAGACAACAAUGGAUUACGGAGGAAGUCAUUACGAGAUGGGAACCAGUGUUUCUCAAAGGGUGACAUGUAUAACUGGAUUUUUAUUCAUUUAAAGAGAUACAGAUUUCCUUGGUCGAUGCUUGAGAUUAUUCUGGCAGAAUUUAAACAGGCGAUCAAACACAUUUGUUGACAAGAAAGUUUGAAUCUCUUUGAAAAUUGUUUCCCAAAAACGGUCUAAUAUUGCUGAAAUGUUUAUUUGCAAGUACCUGAGAGUCCGGCCCGCCUGUUUUGAGUCCAUUAGCCUUCUAACAGUCGUCAAAAAAUACUGAUAAUCGAAAACAUUGAAAACAUAUACGAAAUAAAACAAACUGUAAAAAAAAAAUAAAAAUCCACAGAGUCAAUUAAGAUGAAAAAUCGAAGGCAGGACAUAACGAUAUGGGAGUGAAUAUGAGAGCAAUCAAAGAGAUAUUUUGGAUAAACAUGAGGAUUUGCCAUUAACAUCGAUUUUAAUUUGAGAAACACUGAAUAUUGAGAAAAAACUGAGGGAGAGAAAAAUGCGAGGAAUACUCUAAUUGGUCUGAGUUUUAUGUUCGCUGCGAACCGAAGUACUCGAGGGAAUUUCCCUGAUCAUUGCAUUUCAAAUAGGCAUCUACAUGAGAUAAAGAAACUGCUUAAGGGGAGAGAUGAUGAAUUAUGAAUUUCUGGAUUUUGUAACAAUAGAGCUAUGAAUGUUUCAGUAUUUAUUGAGGGGCUGUGGGAAAGGGAAAAUUAAACGAAGAGGUGAAAUUGGCAGAAAUCAUAAAAAUCAUUUAAAGAUCACGUCUUUAAUCGAUUGUCUGAAGUCUUUUUGACAUUGCUGUUAAGUUCACAUGGUGCCGAAAUAGUUCAUUACGCAACGAAUGCGGUAAAGUUUCUUUGAGGAGUGUGGGGGUAAAAUCAUGAUGAUGCCUAAAAAUUCAGUUUUAUGGUUACAGAAUCCAGGGAUCAUCAGGUCUCCCCUUAAAUCACAAAUGAAUAACUAACAAACCGACAAUGUGAACUUCGAAAAGAGAAGUAAAUUUUAUGAAUUAAAUUACAAAUUGGUAUUCUAUUCUAUAAAUGUUGGCUAUUGUUAAAUGUUGAAUAUUGUUCGGCACGUGGCUCUGUCGUGAGGCAUUUGUUUCUCCCAUGAAUAACCAAUCUAUUCAACCGACAAAUAAAAAUCUUAAUUACGAAUAGCGAAUUCAUUAAUUAAACGACAAAAGGGAAAUCCUAACGACAAAGUCCCGAGCUUUUUUUAAUUAUAAAUCUUAAGAUCGCAGCCAGAUAAAUUCAACGUUGUUGAUUUUUGAAAAUGAGAUAAAAAUUUCAUUAGUUUUUUUAGUUUUUGGAAAACGUUGAAUUUAUUCGGUGAUCGUCCCGGAGGACUGCUCGGGGAUCGAAAGAACGCCGGUUCGUUCGGUUCGCUGCGUUAAAAUGAGGGAAAAAAAUAUGUCACUCUGCAUCCAUGGUUUUAUAAAUACUUCAAGCGUUGGCUUUAAUUAAGAUGAUGAUAAAGAUUGAAAAAUAUUUUCAAACUUCCAGCAGCUUUUAAUUUAUUCACUUUUUUCUUUUUUUAAUAUUUGAAAUUAGAGAUUACCUUCCAAAACGACUCAUAAUCUCCAAUUUUUCAGCUCUGGUUUAUCUGUCGAGAUAAAAAAUUGUCUAAAUUUUGAAAUUCUGAGUAAAGAGGAUAUUAAUAUUUUAUCUCUAACGCAAUAUGACAUCGAUAUUGAUCCUUUCUGAUCGAUGUAAAAUUGAUCGUUCCUACCGUUUAAUCGAUUGAGUCAGAAUUUUGUUAAUCGUGCAUUUUAUUGAUCACGUAUGUGGCCAACAAAGGGCCAAUGGAAAACCUUUGGAUGCAACAGAGUGACUACUUUCAGACAAUACAUUACAAUUAAUUAAACUUAUACUGCUAAAUUUAAAUCCAAUUAAUAAUUAUUGAACUCCGAUGUAAUGAAGAACGUAACGAUAUUUAAAUGGGAGGAAAAAACAUAAGAAUAAAUUUCGGUCAAUGCUAAAUCAAUAUUAUUAAUUAAGAAAUAAAGUGUGCUCUAUGUCAUUGCAUUGGAA